AUGGAGAAUCAUAAAGAAAUAAUCAUACAAUAAAAGUAUAUCAAAACAAAUUAUAUAUUCAUGGAGAUCAUAAUGGAAGUACAUGACCAGUUGAUCUUUAUUAUUUGGAAGCGAAUGGAUAACAUGGAUAAGUUAAUUAGUAGAAUAGAGACUUGA